UGAAUGGUGAAAAAUAUAUUGAAUUGUCCAGUGAUGUGUUUAUACAUAAAACGGUGAAAAAAUUGUCGUGUAUCCAAACAAAAUUUUCAUUCGAGGAUUGAAAAUUCGAAGUAAAUUUUCAAAUAUUUUUUAAACAUAAAGUAUACCAAGAUGUCAGAGAAAGGAGGUAACGGUGCUAAAAAUAAAAAGCAAAGAAAGCAUUCCGUUCCGAAUAAGGGAACACCAAACACUGAUGAACCGAAACCGGAUGAGGUGCAAACGCCAGUAAAAGAGUUAACUGCAAGAGAAGCAUAUUUUGCUUGUCUGGAACAAUGGGUGAAAAAUGCCAAUAUAUCACAAAAUGCUAUGGCCCUCUUUCCAUGGUAUCUUAUGAAUAAUUAUCCACAAGUCUUUCAAAACCAGCAGGCAGGUUUUGGUAUGCCCACAACUGAAACAAAUCAACCAAAUGUUAAUCCAAGUGCCAAUAUUAAUACACCAAACAAUGCACAGCCUACACCACCACCUGCUGCUGCUGCUGCUCCAGUGGUAAAUAAUCGACGCAUGCGUUUUUUGGAUGAUCAGGCUCAAGCUGAUUUAGUUUUUCGUCAUGGUGGCUUUGAAUAUGUUAUUGCACCAUUUUGGAAACGUGUUGUUGCAGAAUCAAUUGAUUUCUUAUUACUCUUAAUUGUGAAGAUUAUUUUAUCUUUUACUGUUUUGAAUAUUUUUGAUAUGGACAUCGGUUUCGAUGUUGAUAAGACUAUGUUGAGUAAAUCAAUGGAAGACGAUAAUAUGGGAGAAUUUGUUAAGAAAUUAAUUGAGGCUUUCUUCUCAUCAUCGGAUCUAUUGCUUUUCGAAAUUGUUACCAAAGCAAUUGUUUGUUAUUAUGAGGCUGUUUGCACAACUUUUUGCAAUGGCGCUACGCCGGGCAAAGCAUUAAUGGGCUUACGUGUACAUUAUGCUGAAGCGGUGGUUGUAAUUAAUCCACCGCUUGUACCACAAAUGCCAUUACAGUUGCAAAUGCAACGUACUCCAACUAAAGCUCUUAUAUAUCCAGCAACCGUUCCAACGUUCAAACGAGCAUUGACACGUGCUGCCCUCAAGAAUAUUAUCAUAACAAUGUUGUUCCCAGUUUGUAUUUUUAUGGUUUUCUUUAAGAACAAUCGUACGGUCUAUGAUAUGGUUUCUAAAACGGUCGUUGUCGAGACUACAGCAAACCCGCCGCAAAGAAAUCAACCAUAAGCGACAGAAAUGUGGAAGGAGGGUAUAUAUUGGUUCUUUUGUGAUUAUAUAUUUGUUUAAAAUAUUAAUUUAUACUAAACUUUUGUUAUAUAAUAUAAUUGCUAUUAUAUGUAGUCUAUUUAAAUCUUAACGUAAAUAAAAACCAAAGUAGA